CCCAACCCCCUGACUAAUCUAGGGUGACUAUAUUAGAGGCAGAAUACAAACGAGCUACACUGUCGCUUGAGAUUAUCGAGUUAGGAAACAAGUUACUCUGGACAUUCCAAAGGGACUUUGAUCCAGUCCGUAUAUUGGUGAAGUACAAUAUCUUUUCUCGGCAAGAUACAUUCGGGACAUCAUCUGCAAACCCAGCCGAAUAUCUUCUCGAGUUACAUUUUCAAAGAAGAGAAUACAAAAUGCCUCGAUCUUUCCUUGUCAAGAAGUAUUUCACCAGCAAAAAGCCCAAUUACAGUGAACUGGAAAGCCAAGCUGACCCUUUCUCAGCAGUGCCAGAAAGGUACCCAUUGGCAGAGCUGCCGACUGGAGAAAAUGGGUCCUCGGCUGCCUACUAUCCCACUGGUCUGGUGUGGAAUGUGGGUAUCCUGCCUGCCUUGUACGCCCCAGUGUCCCCCAGCACUCCGUCCCCCCCUGGGCCCCUGGACCUGAGCUCUCAGUCCAGCAGCAGCAGCAGCAGCAGCGAGGAGGACGAGGGGCGCACGUCCGACCCGCCCAGCCCGGAGCCGGCCGACUGCUUCCAGUGUGCGCGCUGCAGGAAGAGCUACAGCAGCCCCGCUGCCCUCUCCCGCCACCAGCUGACCUGCGCGGGGGCGGACGCGAGGGCCUCGCCGGCCGGGCGCUCCGCGUUCCACUGCAAGCACUGUCCCAAGGAGUACAACAGCCUGGGGGCCCUGAAGAUGCACAUCCGCUCCCACACCCUGCCCUGCGUCUGCACCACAUGCGGCAAGGCCUUCUCCAGGCCCUGGCUCCUGCGCGGACACAUCCGCACGCACACAGGUGAGCGACCGUUCUCCUGCCCCCACUGCAACCGCGCCUUUGCCGACCGCUCCAACCUGCGGGCCCACCUGCAGACCCACUCGGAGGUGAAGAAGUACCAGUGCGGUGCCUGCUCUCGCACCUUCAGCCGCAUGUCCCUGCUGCACAAGCACAGCCUCACCGGCUGCUCCUCCUCCUAGAGCCACCAGCACCUAGAGACUGGGAACCCCCAAAUUAGUUUCAACCCAGACCCCCCGCCCCCACCUCACCUCUUUGGUCAUACGUGAGUCACCCUUUGCCUGUGGAGACCUCACGCGGGACACCUGAAGAGAAAGAAAGAGAGAGACGUGUGUACGGUGUGUGGCUCGGUAUGUGAAAACUGAUAUCCUCUUUGAUGUGUGGAUAAGUCCUCAAGUGCCUUAUGCUCUGUAAUCAUGGCCAAAGAAAGGCAAAUAUUUCCCCUGGUCCAAAUGAACUGGAUAUGUGUGAUGUGUGACGUGCUCGUGACAGCGAUAUCCAUUCAGAUUUUAUAGGUGGGGCGUUGUGAAAGCUGGUGGGGGCAGGUGUACGUGUAAUUUACUCCCAGAGUGCCCCGCGGUGCCGGCUGGCCCGGGACGGUGGCCCGUUGCAGCUGCUUGUGUGUGAGUGUGUGUGUGUGUGCGCGUGUGUGUGUGUGUGUGUGUGUGUGGGGUGUCUCUCAGCGCAGUCCACACACAUCCAGGAAUGUAUUGAGACAGCUGCCGUGGUGCUGCACUGCAGGGGCUGGGUGCUGACAGGUGCGUUAGCCCUGACCUUUAUCGCUCAGCCGACAGGUGACCCCCUCCCCCACCUCCCUUUUUCUUGGAGGCAAACAAAAUUGAGCAUGGCAACAUGGAGACGGCAUGGCUCGCCGAGUGGCGUGGUGCCUUGGGUACUCCCGAAAGAGCCUUCUCAAACCUGACCACGUGCUAUGGAACUGAAGGGGGGGGGGGGAACACUGUCUUGCUAGCUGGAAUCUGUUCCAGCAUUUUCUGUGACCACAAUUUCCAGCAUUUUUCUCUUGGUUGCUUCAGCCAAGUCAUUACAAUGCACUAUAGCAGAUUCUAAAUGUAUUUCUUUUCAUAUGCAAAUGUAUAUCUCAGAUCCUCAGAGACCCAUGAGAGUUUUUGUCUUUGACAGAAAGGAAGUUUUCUUAAAUAUUUCUGUACACUUGGUUUAAGUUGGAGUUCUCAAACCAAAGACAUUCUUCCAAGCUCAGAUGGUCAUGUUUUAUCAUAUGUAAAUAACUUGUUGCUUGUCUUACAAUAUGCCAUAUUUGUUACUUUGACUAUGCUCAUGAUACUGUUCAUGCUAAGCCCCAAUGCUUGGCUACAGGUCAAAAUGGUAUGUUCUAUAUGCCUUUUUAUCUUUUUUAUAAGUGUAAUUUAUAUAGGGGAAGCAUUUUGAAAAUGCUGUGCAAUCUUUUUUUGACAAACUAGUUUUGGUUUCUGUUUUUUUAUCUCCUCACUUUUGUAUGGCUGAUAGAUUAGCAUUCAAUAAAGAUAAUUUAUG